AUGGGAGAUUCGGUACAACUAUCACUUCAAAAAUAUGUCGAAUUGCGAUUGGCAGAAAGAGAAAAAGAGUUGAUUAGUCACACUGUUUCUGUUUUGGAAAAGCAAGUAGUGUCGCAACAAAAAGCUAUCGAGCAACUCAGUUUACAAAUCAAAAGGGUAACUGAAGAACGUGAAGAGCUAAAGAUAAAAGUCAUCCACUUAGAAAAAGAAAUUGAUAUUUCAAAUGAACGGCUUAUUUUAUUACAAAAAUACUCUCAAAGAGGUCAAAAAGUUGACGAAGAGAUUUUUGAAAAUGGUUCAAAUGAAAUAAAACACAAACAAAAGCUACUAGUUGAGGAACUGAUAUCGAAGAAGAGAAAUACGUCAACAAGUGUCGCAACAAGCAAUGUAAGUACUAAAGAAUCAAUAAAUCCUUUUUCGAUAAAAGAAGUUCAAUUAAACAAACCGUAUUCAGGAAAACCUUCUUUUAUCAAAACAGCUAUUCUCAAUGAAUAUAUCAAUCAUAUUUCACAAACUGAUUUAAAUACUCAAUUUUAUAUAUCAACAACAAGUGUUUGUAAAAAAGUCCCAAAAUAUUGUUUUCAGAUUGAAUAUCGUUUACUUUGUGAAGUAUUUACUGAUUCAAUAAUUGGAAACUCUAACAUUGUUUUGUUAAAAGGAUAUCCAAGUGUUGUUUCACAUAAAAUAUUUGAGUUGUAUUGUACAAAGUCAAAUAUGCUUGAUCUAUUAAAAAUUAUAAAAGACCCUCAACAAAGGUCACAAACGAGAGUGAUUAUUGGUUUAUUUAAUAAAUGCGUUUUAGCGUUAGAAGAAAUGAGGAAAAGAAGUGGAUUUUGUCAAAAUUACAGUAUCAUCAAAGAUAGAUAUCCUCAUGUCCAAUUCGUUGCACUUGGGCGUUACGAAUAA